AAUCUGAUUCAUUUACACUAGGUAAUUUUCUUUUCAUCAGAUGUCCACAGCUGUAAGUAUGGACAUCUUUUGGGAGAGAAGAAAAGUAAUAACCAAUAAUAGUUACUCUUCAUACUUUCCUUUUUAAAAAGGGAUUACACAGGCUCUGCCUGUUGUCAUUUGACUGGCGAGGCUUCCUUCUAAGAGGAAUAGACUUUCUGGCCUCGAAGACCGCUCUGUCAUGGGACUUGCUCUGGUCAACAGAACCUGAGCAGAAUUGAGGCAUGCAGAAUGAGGGCUGGUUUCAGUUUUAAGAGAAGCAUAUGCCAGUGGUUUAUAAGAGCUGAUUGUUACAUUUCCGGAAACUUGGCAAGCCACUUGUUAAACUCUAAGUAGCUUGAAAUUCUCCAGGGUGAGAGUAUGUACAUCAUAGAAACGGCAAACACUACAAAACAGGACUCCUCUUCCCUCAAAAAUGCUUGCAGCAUACGACGAGGGAGUGUCCCUAAAAAGUUGAUCUUGCAAGCUGCAGCUUGAAAUCCAGGACAGCGGGUGAGUGGAGCCAAAGCUGCCUGCAGCUGUAAGAUGUAAUUUGCUUGAGAAAUGAACCUUUGCUUUUAGAAAUCACUGAGUUGUGCGGGUUGUUUGUUACCUCAGCAUAACCCUUCAAAAGCUGGCUGAUACACCAUGCCAGUGUUGCUAAGUUUUAGUGAACACCAAUGAACCCUACCUUUAUCUCUCCAGACCUUGGUUCAGGAGAUUUCUCCUAACUUGUGCCAUCACACACCUUGAACCUGAAAGGAUGCAAACUACACUCAGAGACUCAAGCCUGGGAAUCUGGGUCUUGCAAGGUUAACAGAAAGAUAUAAAACAGUAAUUCCAUUAAAAAAAAAUCACUAAGCUACUGCGUCAUUUUUAAACCUUGGCAAACACAAGGCUGUGGCUUGUGGACCUGGAUCGUUUGGGAGUGAGUGCCAGCCCUUUCAAGGGCAGGUCACAUGUUACCGGCCCUCCUUCCCACCCCAGAAGCAGGAAUGGAGCGCUGUGUCUUUAAGGGGGACACGGCGGAGGUUUCCGCACAGGACAAAAUGUCUGCGAGGAUCCUGGAGGGGAUCGGCGAUCCCAGACUCCCAGCCCACCUCCCGCUUCGGGGGUGAUGGGGCGCUGCCUAGAGAAUGAGGAGCGACGAGCCGGCCGUGACCAUGGAAGACACCGGCGGGUCGGACAGGGCUGCAGGCCGCCUGGGGACACCGUACUCCGAGGCCUGGGGGUACUUCCACCUGGCGCCGGCGCGCCCAGGCCACGCUACGCGCCCCUGGGCCACCUGCCGGCUGUGUGGAGAGCAGGUGGGCCGCGGCCCGGGCUGGCACGCCGGCACCACGGCGCUGUGGAAGCACCUGAGGAGCGCCCACAGGCGGGAGCUGGCGGAAAGCGCUGCCCGCCACUCGCCGCCCUCUGCUCCGGGCCCCGCCGCGGCCGCCGAGGCGACUGGGCGCGCCUGCUGGAGCAGAUGAGCGCCCUGGCGGUGCGUGGAAGCCUGCGCGAGCGCGAGCUGGCGCGGCGCGAGGCGGCCCUGGAGCAGGGCGAGCGCGCCCUGGAGCGCCGGCGGCGGGCGCUUCAGGAAGAAGAGCGCGCGGCGGCCCAGGCGCGCCGGGAGCUGCAGGCCGAGAGGGAGGCCCUGCAGGCGCGGCUGCGGGAAGUGAGCCGGCGCGAGGGCGCCUUGGCCUUGGUCUCGGUCCCCCUGCACGUUCCGUUCAAAGAGGAGCCCCCCGAGGGGGAGCCCCCCUACGUCAUCACGAAGGUCCUCCUGUAGCUUCUGGCACCUUCGACCCCCACCCCCGCGUUCGGCGGCGCCACUCCAAAAGUGGCCCCAGCACCAGCGCCUUCAGCCUCACCUGGAAGCGGGAAUUCAGGCCGGUGGCCGCCCGGGCCGCAUCGAAAUCGCCCACUGCGAGGUUGAGAAGCACUUUGGAGAGGAACCAAAAAUCAUUACAGCUGGGGUGGUCCUCUGGGAUGCCUGGAAGCCCAAGUUCCAGUGGCCUCCUUUGCUGGUGGUGUUUCGUCGCAUCCGUGCAGCGGGGGUGGUUUUUCUCUGACCGCCUUUGGAAUGAGAGCUCCAACAGCCCCAUGAACCUAGAUCAUCUGGAGCCAUGGCCAUUUUGUGCCUGGUGACUUCGAAAGGGCAGAAGCUUCCUUACAUGCCACAGACUAUGACACCAUGUGCCUCGUACACCGGCCAGGGCAACCCAGGAUAGAGGGUGAGUGGAAAUGAAGAGAAAGCAAUUUUACCCCAAAAAGAGUUUACUGGCAUUCUGGUUGGACCAGUGGGUUAAGGAUCUGGAGUUGCUCCAGCUAUGUCUCUCAUUUGAUUGAUACCUGGCCUUGUGAACUUUCAUAUGCCAUGCUAAUGGAGCCAAAGAGAGAGAGAGAGAAUUUACUCAUUUCCUAAUGAGUAAAUUUUUGGUAUGUAGACUUUGCCCAGCACAAAUUUCUGAACAGGAGCCCAUUUAGUGUCUAUGACUGCUCAUUACCCUGUCAUUUCUAGCGCCUUUGAAGGCGGUUUGGGAGAAGCCCUCUUUUCACUCCCCUCCCCAGCUUGCCACACAGUACCAGGUGCACCCUAUCUCACCUCCACCAUCUUCUUUCCCCUGUUUCAGACCCAGUGGCAGCUGUGGCAAGAUCUCCUACUUAAUCGCCUAACACCUGAGGCCUUACUAGCAAGACAUGACCUCAGCCUUCCUUCCUUCUUAGGAAGGGUGCUUUUGCCCCACGUGUCCACAGUCCUCUUUCCUGGGCGCAAGGAGAAGGCAUCCCUUCCAUCUGAAGCCAGUCCUCUUCCACCUUUACUGGGCCUUUGCUCCAUUACUGUUCCUCUUCCUCCCUCCCUUUCUUCAGACUCCCUGUUUUUUUUUUCCCCCAUGACACUUACUUUUUAAAGAGAUCCACCAUCUGUCUUUUAGAAUGUCCUAUAGUCUGGAUCUGCUUCCUUAAGCCAACUUAUGUGCUCACUCUUGGCUCAUUGACCUACAGAGCUAAAGUAAUCACACCUGUGCCAGCGACUCCUGACUCCCUCCAACCCUAAGUGUUCUUCACAGGUCUGGCAUGUCCAAUUCCUUGCUGCAUGUCCCCACCUCUACCUGCAUAUGUUGCCACUGCAGAUGGAAGGGGUAAACCUAUUCAACUCUGCAUCCCUACCCCUCAGCCCAUAACAACUAUUGGGCUUAUCUAUCAGGUACAUUGUCAGGUCUUAUCUCACUUUAUUUCCAUAGCACGUCCUAUGCCCAUUUUACAGCUAAGGAAAUUAAGAGAGGAGUUAAGUAACAUGUACAAGAUUACAGCUGGUAAGUAGUAGAGUCAGGAUCCAAAUCCAGUCUCCACCUCCAGAUGCCAUGCUCCUGGCUGCUGUACUGUCUCCCUUGUUACUCAGUCACAGCGCUCACACUUGUUUCCUAACUCCCAACUCCAAGUAGUACUGUCGGUGACAAUAACAUGUACUGAGCACUCACCAUGCCAGAGCUGUGCCAAAAAGCUUUGAAAGAAUACUGCCUACCAUGCAGCCACUCCAUUACACAAUUACUCUCAUACACGUUUUGCAGAGGAAGAGACAGGCUCAGGAGGGCUAAGUAAUGAAAAGGCAGGGUAGGAUUUGAACAUCAGUCUGGUCGAAUCCUAAGGCCCCUGAUCUACUGAGUCUGUUUGUACAAAGUAUUUCACCUGUCUUCCUUCUGAUGUCACCUGCCAAGCCCGGGGCCCAUUAUCAUUCAUCUGGGAUUUAUCUUCCCACACUGUCCCUUACCUGACGUUCCACUUAGCCAAAGGAACUGUCCUAGGCUGACACUGAUUAUAUCGCCUUUCCUGCUCAAAAGACCCUUAAGAUCACCCAUCAUCUACCAUCUUUGACUUUACGGCCUGGCAUUCAAGUCACCUCCACCCCCAUGCCAGUCUUAUUUGUCCCCUCCCCUACAACACGUGCUAUAUACUCCAACCAAAUUUAACCCCUCUCUUUUCUGACAUGCCCUGGUCUUGGCACCUCUGUGCCUCUGUUUGCCUUUCCUCCACUCAAAAAUCCCCUUCAGCAGUUCCUAUUGUGGCUCAGCAGUUAUAAACCCGACUAAUAUCCAGGAGGAUUCGGGUUCAAUCCCUGGCUUCACUCAGUGGGUUAAGGAUCCAGUGUUGCCAUGAGCUGUGGUGUAGGUCGCAGAUGCAGCUCAGGUUGGCGUCGCUGUGGUGUAGGCCAGCAGCUGAAGCUCCAAUCAAACCCCUAGCCUGGGAACUCCUGUAUGCUGCCAGUGAGGCCCUAAAAAGGGAUCGGGGGGUGGGGGGGGAGGGAAAGAAACCCCUUCAAUCACUUGAGUAUGAAAAACCCCACCCAUUUUCUAAGACCAAGCUCAAAUUUGACUGCCUGCAUGAAGCUUUCCUGGGUUCCUCAUCAUUUAGACAAUUCCUUACUUCUCUGGACUUGCAGCAUUUUUUGUCUCAAAACACUCAAAGGCCAUCAAGCAUGUGGCUCUGUGGGCUCCUGUCAUGUCCACUGCCUGAGCUCCUAAGGAGUAGGGAUGGAGUUCACUCAUCCUGCCUAUGACAGCUGCUCAAUAAAUAUUUCAGGCAUUGAACCCACUUAGUGUGUUUAACAUUUUUAUCAGUUCUCCCAAAUUAUUAUAUAAUUAUUAAUUUAUCUUUAAUUCUCUAAGUAGAAUUCCCCCCAACACACAAAAAUAGCCUAAAAGAAAGUAGCAGCAAUUUUAAAAAAGCUAUUUAAGUCAAUAAAGAUUCAAAAGGUGUCAGUUAUUGGGCUAUUUGGUUUGAAUCCAAUCAUCUAGCAUGUCAUUUUCAAGACCACUUUUUGUUUCAUUACCCAAGUAACACAAAUGCAAUGCCCCGAUCUAGGAGGAACAGAAGAAAACAAUUCCCCGAACUCCUGUCACCUUACAAGACUGUUAUCAACAUUUUGAUGUAUUAUUUUGUUUCUUGCAAUUUUUACAUUACUCUAGCAAUAGUAUAAAUUAUUUCCACUAAGUACUGAAACCUAACUUCAUGUGGAUUUAUAACCUGGGCUAUAAGAUCUGAAUUUGGAACUCUCUGUAAGGAAAAAAAAAAACAAAAACAAAACUUCUACAGAUGUUACUCUGUUUCCACUAAUUGUUAGAACCAUUAAAAUAAGAUGGACUUUUAGCUUUUAGACACGUAACUGCUCCCUCAAGAAAGACGGCUAAUGGGAAUACCAAUAGCCUUUUAAGGGGAUGAGGAAAACAAAACAUUAGCCUGACUAAUGGCUUAGCGCUGGUUGUGGGAGCUAUACUUUUUGUACUUCUGCAUUGUUGUAAUUUUUUAUAUCAAGCAUAAAUUACUUUCAUACUAAAAUAAAAAAGUUACAUUUUGCAAAUGAAAAA